GGUGAGGCCGGGCCCGGCGCGGCGGCGGCGGAGAGCGGCGGCGGCGGCGGCAGCGGCUGCCGAGCCCACCGGAAGCGGAAGCGGGGGGAGGGACCGGAAGCGGAACCGAGCGGGGGGGGGACCGGAAGCGGCGCCAUGAUGCGCUUCAUGCUGCUGUUCAGCCGGCAGGGCAAGCUGCGCCUGCAGAAGUGGUUCCUGGCCACGGCCGAGCGCGACAAGCGGAAGCUGGUGCGCGAGCUGAUGCAGCUGGUGCUGGCGCGCAAGCCCAAGAUGUGCAGCUUCCUCGAGUGGCGCGACCUCAAGGUGGUCUACAAGAGGUACGCCAGCCUCUACUUCUGCUGCGCCAUCGAGGGCCAGGACAACGAGCUGAUCACGCUGGAGCUCAUCCACCGCUACGUCGAGCUGCUCGACAAGUACUUCGGCAGCGUGUGCGAGCUGGACAUCAUCUUCAACUUCGAGAAGGCGUACUUCAUCCUGGACGAGUUCGUCAUGGGCGGCGAGGUGCAGGACACCUCCAAAAAGAGCGUCCUCAAGGCCAUCGAGCAGGCCGACCUGCUGCAGGAGGAGGACGAGUCCCCCCGCAGCGUCCUAGAGGAGAUGGGGCUGGCGUAGCCCCCCCCACCCCCCGGGGGGGCCCCCCCCCAGGAC